AUGAUAAAAGUAAAUGAUUCAAUAUCUGCUUUAAAUUACUUUUCAACAAAUCAAACUUGUCAAUUAUUUCGUUCAAAUAUGAGUACAAUUUAUAUUGAAUUUUAUUUAAAUUCUACUUUUAUAUUCAUUAAUCAAUCAUCAAUAUCCAUAUUAAAUGCUCAAGAAUAUCAACUGAGUACAUCAUCACCAAUACCGACAACAACAUCAUCAUCAUCAACUUCAACUUCAACUUCAACUUCAACAACAACAACAACAACAACAAGUGUCUGCAACUCUUUUCGUGAUCAAGCUACUUAUCCAGUUGGCGCUAACCCAAAAGCAGUAGUAGUCGUCGAUGUGAAUAGCGACAAUAAACCUGAUAUUGUUGUUGCCAACUAUGGUUCGAACAAUACCGGUGUUCUUCUCAACACAGGCAAUGGCACCUUUAAUGCUCAAACUAUUUACGUAGUUGGCGGUGGUCCAUACUCAGUAGCAGUUGUUGAUGUGAAUAAGGACAAUAAAUCUGAUAUUGUUGCUGCAAACGCCGGUUCGAAUACCGUCAGUGUUCUUCUCAGCACAGGUAGUGGUACCUUUAAUACUCAAACUACUUACGCAGUUAGCUCUGAGCCAAUAUCAGUAGCAGUCGUUGACGUAAAUAACGAUAAUAAACCCGAUAUUAUUGUUGCAAACUAUAAUUCGAAUAAUAUCGGUGUUCUUCUCAACGUAGGCAAUAGCACCUUCAAGGCUCAAACUAUAUAUACAGGUAUCAGUGGUCCCUUCUCCAUAGCAGUUGUUGAUGUGAAUAACGACAGUAAACCUGAUAUUAUUGUUGCUAAUUCUGGUUCGAACACCGUCGGCGUUCUUCUCGACAAGGGCAAUGGCACCUUUAAUGCUCAAACUACUUACGCAGUUGGCAGUACGCCAGCAUCAGUAGCAGUCGCCGAUGUGAAUAACGAUAAUAAACCUGAUAUUAUUGUUGCAAACUAUGGUUCGAACAAUGUCAGUGUUCUUCUCAACGCAGGCAACGGCAUCUUUAAUACUCAAGCUACUUACUCAGUUAGCAUUAAUCCAUACUCAGUAGCAGUUGUUGAUGUAAAUAACGACAAUAAACCUGAUAUUAUUGUUGCAAACUAUAGUUCGUAUAGCGUCAGUAUUCUUCUCAACGCAGGUAAUGGCACCUUCAAUGCUCAAACUACAUAUACAGUUGAGGCUGGUCCAAUAUCAGUAGCAGUCGUCGACGUGAAUAGUGACAAUAAACCUGAUAUUAUUGUUGCUAACUCUGCUUCGAACACUGUCAGUGUUCUCUUGCAUUGUUAG